AUGUCAAGAAAUCUUGAGGAAGGCCCUCAGCAUAUUGAAUGGAUAACUUACGAGAAGCCGUGGUCAAGAUUGCACAGGAUGAUGUACAGGUAUGGAUGUAUUGCCAUCUGCAUCACUGGAAUGAGUCCCCACAUCGAAAUUGCAGCCCCAGCUUCUUCAGCAGCCCCAGCUACUAACAUCUUGGGAAAAGGAGUUCUUACCAUGAAAAUUCUUGUCACUAGAAAACGGUUCAACAUCAGAAACCAAUAUGGUUCCAUUCGAGGAGAUGGCUUAAAAGAUACAUUACCAUGUGUUUUACCAAGUGGGCUCUUUAUCACCAUUCAUGACAAAGGCCACAUUGCCACAAUGCUGAACUCCUGGCCAGAAGACAAUAUUAAGGCUGUGGUGGUGACAGAUGGAGAACGCAUCCUGGGCCUUGGAGACUUGGGCUGCUAUGGCAUGGGCAUCCCAGUGGGAAAACUUGCAUUGUACACUGCUUGUGGUGGAGUGAACCCCCAGAACUGCCUCCCAGUUCUACUAGAUGUUGGUACUAACAAUGAGGCCCUGCUGAAAGACCCUCUGUAUAUUGGACUGAAGCACAAGCGUGUAAAGGGGAAAGAGUAUGACGAGUUGAUUGAUGAGUUCAUGCAAGCAGUGACUAACAAGUUUGGAAUAAACUGCCUCAUCCAGUUUGAAGAUUUUGCCAAUGCCAACGCCUUUCGCCUGCUCCAAAAAUAUCGUAACAAGUACUGCAUGUUCAAUGAUGACAUCCAGGAUACAAAAGGGAGACUUUCAGCAGCCACAGCAAGGAGCACAACUCUUUUCUCUUGGUCAGGGGUGGCAGCCGUCGCGGGAGCUUUCACUGAUCAGAUUCUGAAGGACAUGGCCUCUUUCAACAAACGACCCAUCAUCUUUGCCUUAAGCAAUCCCACCAGCAAAGCCGAGUGUACCGCUGAGAGAUGCUACCGUGUCACCGAGGGCCGAGGGAUAUUUGCCAGCGGAAGUCCCUUUGACAAAGUAACCCUGGAAGACGGCAGGACCUUUAUCCCUGGGCAAGGAAACAACGCCUACGUGUUUCCUGGAGUGGCGCUGGGCGUCAUCGCCUGUGGAGUCAGGCACAUCCCUGAUGAGAUCUUCCUCCUCACAGCUGAGCACAUUGCCCAGGAGGUCUCUGAUCAGCAUCUUGCCCAAGGACGGCUCUACCCACCACUCAGCACUAUCCGGGAUGUGUCCCUGAGAAUUGCAGUCAAGGUCCUCGACUACGCUUACAAACACAGCCUGGCCUCACGGUACCCAGAGCCCGAGGACAAGGAAGCCUUUGUGAGGUCUCUGAUCUACACUCCAGACUAUGACUCAUUUGUGCUGGACAGUUACAAGUGGCCCGAGAAAGCGAUGGAAGUGCAAAAGAUCUGAGGCCAUUUCACUGACUCAUAAUGGCGAGUUUAGAUCCCCUGUCCCCCAAUGAGUGAAACUAUAUUCAGAUUUGGAACACUGACAAUAUAAAUGGAUAUUUCCC